ACGUUUUUCUGACGAAACAGUUUUCGGUAACUUGGGCUUGACUUGACAAGAAGCAUAAAUAUAACCUUAGUUUUGUGGUUCACAGAUUUGUUAUUUUGAGUGUAACUGAUGUUAUUUUAACAUAAUUGGACAUGUCUCUGUACGACGACCUGGACGUGAAGGCCCGCGCCACGGAGAAGGUCUCCGGCUGGUCCUCCGGAAUCAAACUCCUCCAGUCCCAACUCCAGCUCAAAAAGGCCACAGUAACGCAACCAAAGCGCGAACAACAACGCAAAGUUAGUUUAGCCCCCGUGAUAGACUUGAAAAGCAAACGGGACGACGACGACAUUUACCCAACGUAUCAAAAAGUUAAAAAUGAGCCAAGUCUCCCCACACUUAGUUCCUCGGUAACUUACGGUAUUGAAUACGACUGGAACGUGGACGACGAGUACGACCCUCUAUGGCCAAAUGAGUUCGAUAAAGUCGUGAAAGAAUUGCGCGAAAAUCGCGAACGAGAAAACGAUAAGGAAGAAAAACGGCGAGAGAGGAAACGCAAGUCACGUUUUAGCGACCCUGAGGAGUCGCUCGUGAUCCCCACACCACAAAUAACACAACCACCGCUUGCUAGCGGAUUUGCCGGAAGAUGGGCCGAAGAAGACGACGAAAUAGAGCCUGUGCAAGCCAAACCCCGGGCUUCAGGUGUGGCAAUUGCGCCCCCGCCCAGCCUUCAGGAACCGGCAGAAUCCGCCCCAAUUUUCCCCAAUAAGCCCCCAACUCCCGCCGCCAAUUUCGGCUCUUCCGUGGCCGCCAAAAUUAUGGCGAAAUACGGCUUUAAAGAGGGUCAAGGUUUAGGCAAGCAGGAGCAAGGCAUGGCGAGUGCUCUCCAAGUGGAGAAGACUUCAAAACGGGGCGGGAGGAUUAUUCACGAGAAGGAAAUUAUGGCAGCAGCGACAGCGUCGCCGGUUCUUGAAACACCAGCAAAUACACAACAACAAAGCAUUACUGAAAUUAUUAAAAAUCCCAGUAAGGUUGUGCUACUGAAAAAUAUGGUAGGGCCGGGUGAAGUUGACGAUGAUUUGGAGCCGGAAGUCAAAGAUGAAUGUAAUACGAAAUAUGGGGAGGUUACAAGCGUAAUUAUUCAUGAAACUCAAGCGGAGAAUCCUGAAGAGGCUGUGAGGAUUUUUGUGGAGUUUAGGAGGAUAGAGAGUGCGAUUAAAGCAGUGGUGGACUUGAAUGGAAGGUUCUUUGGGGGAAGGCAAGUCAAGGCCAGUUUUUAUGACACUGAGAAGUUCGAUAAUCUUCAGUUGAUGGACUAAGUGUUUGUAUUGUUUUUUAUUUACAAAAUAAAUUAAUGUACGGAAUAAAUAAA